AUGAGGGGUUUGAGGAAUGACAUUGAGGAAUCUGUGAGACCUUUGGGAAUCAGAGUUUUCCAACAACUGGUAGAGAAAGCUCGUGAGGUGGAGUCGAUGAAGAAUUGUCAGAGGGGCAAGUCUGACAGCGGAGGUCCGAUCCGUUUUGGACAGAGGCCGACCGGAAGGGGUGUAGCACGUGCUCCUAAGGACGAUGUCGUCUGUUACAAGGGCAACCAGAAGCGGCACUAUUCGAAUGAAUGUGGAAAGGAGAUUGUGUGCUGGAAGUGCCAGAAACCAGGGCAUGUUGAGAGAAACUGUCCUAAUGCUGCUAAGGCCGAGCCAGUACUGAAUGCUGUCAGGGGAAAGCGACCUUCUACUCCAGGUCGUGUGUUUGCAAUGUAUGGGGAACAGGCUACUGUGACUGAUGAUCUUAUCCAGGGUACGUGUGUUAUCGCUGGAACUUCUUUAAUGGUGUUAUUUGAUUCUGGUGCUACACACUCAUUCAUCGCUGAGGAGUGUGUGGAAAAGUUAGGAUUGCUAACUGCUGAUUUACCAUUCGAUUUGGUGGCGACGACCCCUGCCGCCGAUCGAUUAGUUACGCGCACGGCAUGCUUGCAAUGUCCGUUGAUCUACGAGGAUCGAAAGUUUCUUGCGAAUCUCGUUUGCUUAGGGCUUAAAGGGCUCAAUGUGAUUCUGGGAAUGGAUUGGCUGGCGCAGUAUCACGUUCUCUUGGAUUGCGCUAACAAGGCUGUAGUCUUCCCGGAUUCAGGCGUUACGGAUUACUUGAAUUCGUACACCUUGGGAAAGGGUUCACCAGCGUUCGUGAACUCUAUUGUCGCUGAGGCGAAGAACGACGGUGAUGUGCGCAACAUUUUGGUGGUGCAAGAUUUUGUGGAUGUGUUUCCAGAGGAUGUGCCUGGAAUACCGCCAGUAAGGGAGACGGAGUUCUCUAUUGAUAUCAUGCCCAGUACAGGACCAAUAUCAAUGGCGCCUUAUCGGAUGGCACCGGCAGAGUUGACGGAGUUAGCAAAACAGUUGGAGGAUCUCUCUUCCAAGGGAUUCAUCCGACCAACAUCAAGGACUAGGAGAGCACAAACCAAAGUUGUGGUAACCAAGAAAACGAAGCAUGUUCUUGUUCAAAGGUUUUCUGAAGACUCUGCUUCAGAACAACAUGAUGAUGCUGACGAAGUUCCUGAUGUUGAAAUUGAUGAAGCAAUAGAUCAAUCUCUUGAAGUUUUUUUUGUUGCUGCAACCGCACUAGAUGUCGCACCAAAUGUGGGAACUCAGGGUGGAUCCCCAUUUGUCUCUGCUUCCUUGAUCACACCUCUAGGGAAUGGAGAUCAUGAGGAAGAAGAUGAUUCUGCCAGUGAGAAGACUCCUUCUGUGGAGGUCUCUGUCUGGGUAACUCCUGAACCCUCUUCCAAGAAAGGCUGCUAUUCAGAAGAAGGAGAAGAAAGAGAAGUCCUCUCUCAAGACCCCCAAGACCUAUAG